CUGCCUACCUAUAUCAUAGUUGGCCACAACCAGUAUAACAACAAUGUAUUGGGCUUGUGUUUUAAUAACUUGUAUACAGUUAACAUACUGUAAGGUUCUUGUUCCACCAACUACAGUUUUAGAUUGGUGGCAAAAUUCAAUAGUUUACGAAAUAUUUCCAUUGUCAUUCAAAGAUUCAAAUGGUGACGGAUCAGGUGAUUUUAAAGGUAUAACCGAAAAAUUAGAUUACAUCGUAGAUCUAGGAGUGACAGCAAUUUGGUUAACGCCAUUUUUCGAAUCACCUUUAGAAUCUGGUGGCUACGACAUAACCAAUUAUCUAGAUGUACAACAUGUUUUUGGUACAUUAGAUGACUUCAAAGAUCUUUUAAAUACCGCACAUUCGAAAAAUUUAAAAGUUAUCAUGGACUUAGUUCCUAAUCAUACAAGUGAUAAACAUAUUUGGUUUGAAAAGUCUGCUAAAAAUGAAACUGAUUACGCAGACUAUUAUAUUUGGAAAGAUGCGAAAAAUCAAGAGGAUGUGAUAAAAAAUAAUGCUACUCCCAUUGUGCCGAAUAAUUGGCAAAUGAUUUGUGGUGGCAAUGCUUGGACUUGGCAUAAUACUCGCAAACAGUUUUAUUUCUCUCAGUUCAUUAAAAAUUUACCAGAUUUAAAUUUUCGAAACAAAAAUGUUCAUAAAGAAAUGAGGAAUGUUUUGAAUUAUUGGAUCAAAUUGGGAAUUGAUGGUAUUCGAGUAGAUGCUUUAAGACAUGUAUAUGAAAGCGAAAUUUUGGAUGACGAACCAAUAUUAGAUGAAAAUAUGGCUCUUAAUUACUUGAAUUUAGAUCAUAUUUAUACCAUAGACCAAGACGAAGUAUAUGACUUGAUCAAAGAAUGGCGUCUAUUACUUGAUGACUUUAAGGAAAAUGACCAUUAUACAAGGAUAAUAAUGACUGAAUCAUAUAGUAAUACUAGUGUUUUAUUUAAAUAUUACAUUAGUGGAGCUGAAGUACCAACAAACUUUAAUUUAUUAGAAAAUUAUCGUUAUACUCCGAAAGAUUUUGAGAGAGAAAUUGAAAAUUGGAUAACUAAAAUGCCAGUUGGAGCAACAUUUAAUUCGGUGCUUCAAAACCAUGACAAACAAAGAUUCACUACAUCGUACGGUACAGAAUUAACUGAUGGCAUGAACGCUUUAUCCUUAUUUCUACCUGGCGUAUCUAUAGUUUAUUAUGGAGGAGAAAUUGGUAUGGAAGACAUAUCGGAUGAAGUCAAUUAUGCAAGAAGUCCUAUGCAGUGGGAUGAUACGAAUUAUGCAGGGUUCACUAAUAGCACACAUGAACCGUGGGUUGCGAUACAUCCAGAUUAUGUCACGAGAAACGUGCAGACGGAAAAUAACAAUCCUAAAAGUUAUUUAAACUUUUUCAAAUCCGUAUCAAAAUUACGUCAGACUGAAACGUUUAAAAGAGGAGGGUUGGCGAUUGAUAUUUUUAACAAUAAUACAGUGUUUGUUUUAACCAGAUUUUUGCCAGAACAUGAGAACUACACGUUAAUAAUCAAUAUGGAUACAAACUAUACACAGCGUGUUCGUUUGUCAGAUCAAAUAUCAAAUUUGCAUGAUAUUUUAACUAUUGUUGUUGGAUCCGAAAACUCAAAUUUCAAUCCUGGAAACUCGAUAUCAACUACAGAAUGGUUGACUCUAAGUCCCGGUGCCACAAUUGUUCUCACUGACAACCUAAUUUCGACAUCAUCAAGUAUUCCAGUAGAUGACACUGCAACAAAAUCAACACCUUCAUCCAGUACUCAAUUAUACAUAACAUCAAGAAUAGUAUUACUUUGCUUAUUUUUAAUUACAAUUUUUAAUCUAUAGGUCUCAUAUUUUUUAAUAAAAUAAAUAAGUAAUUAGAAAUGAUAAUUUAUUUUAUAUAUGAAACUGUUAACUGCCCUGAUCUGAGUCUUAUCGGUUUUAGGGUCCUACCAAUGAAUGCCAGAUGUUUAAUACCUUAUUUUAUAUUGCGUCAAGUAAUCAGUAAUUCUUUAUAAUUUUGUUUUUCCUUAGCAUCAGUAUUUAAUGAUUUUAUAAUUAUUACAGUAACGAUCAUCAAUUUGGUUUUGAUUUUUUAUCCGAUAAUAUUUGCAAGUUGAAAUAAUUUUAAAUUCUAAGCGCAGCAAUGAUUGUAUUUAUUUUACUUUGAUGUGUGCUUUUUGUAAAUGAGUAUGCGGUGGUUUUGGAUUUGGUAUUUGUACUUUGACAAUAUUAAACUUAAAAAUUUCCCAAACUUAUUUUUAAAAAUUAAAAAAUUUGGAAAAUCAUUUUUAUAUAAGUCUAAUUUUCGACGAAAUCAUUUUUGUUUUUCUGAUGUAUGCCAUUUGAAAACGAUUACCGUAAAUGCUUGACAUUUUUACCAAAUGUUUAUAUUAUCGGUUUUAAUUUUAUUUCCGUUAUUGUUGAGCUAUUUAAAGGCAUAUGAAAUUUUAAAUUUUUUUAGUUUUUUUUUAUAAAUGUCAAUUAAAAAUUAUUUACUAGGUGGAAAUAUUUGAACAUUUAAUAGAAAACUCUUCAUACGUUAUUAAUUUCUUAAUUAAGAUGACGUUUAAUCUGCAUGUAUUUUCUCCGUCUUAUACACCUAUGAUAUAGUAAAUUUUCGUUCACCGGUUUCAAUAGUGAACUUGAAAUGAGUAUAAAAAAUAUUAAUAUUUGAAAAUGCUCAUAAUUAGAGUUAGGAUGUUGAUGACUUUUGCAUUUUUUUUCCUUUAAUUCUAUACAAUGCUAUCUUAGCUAAAAAUUUGUUUCAUGUUCCCCUAAUUCAGAAUAUUCUAAUUUUAUUUUGCAUUAUUUUGCAUAUUUGGGCAUUUUCAGCUAUAAAUGCAUUUUUGGUGUUUUUUAACGUCAUUUUUCAACAUUUUUAAGUCAUUUUUUCAUAAUUUUGGUCUUAUUUGUAGUUUUUGUACAAUGGUGAGUGAUUUUUCUCAAAUUUUAAAUUUUAAAGAAAAUUUGUAUAACAUCAAAAAAAAUAAUUUUAAUUUUAUUAUUGUGGGGUUUUUGGUGUUAUACAUUGAUAAAAUAAGACACACGCCGAUCAUAGAUGCUUAUCGAACGUUACGCUUAUCGAAUAUUGAGAAUAUUUUUAAUACAAUUUUUUGUAUUUAUUUUAUUAUAUUAUAUUAUUUUACUUUUUAAUUUAUUUUAAUAAUUUUAUGCUUAAAAUCUAAAUGUACAUACUAUUGUUUAUUGUUUAUUUAUAUUAUUUUAUUAAUAUUAUAAUUCAUAUUAUUUUAAAUUACUAUAAUUACACCCAUAUCAAUAAUAAAAAUUAUUAUUUAUAAAUA